CUCGAAGCUGGAAUAACUCUCGCCACGCAAGAGGAGUUUAGCCUGCGGCAGGCUAAACUACAUGUGAACGUUCCACUCCCGCCCAAACCGGCGGUUGAGGGGGCGGAUGAGGUGGAAGGAAUGGACCUUUCAAGCGCAACUGCUACGGGGCAGCAGUGGACGAGAGCCAACGUGCGAUGCUUCCGUGUAUCGCCACGGUCGAACAAACAACGCGAUGGACCAGUAGGCGCGGGGCGCCCUACUGGUAAUGCAGUCACGCGUGUCUACAACGGACACGCGUACGAGAAGAUGGAGUUGGAGAACCCUCCGACUGAUACGUCGGAGUUGAUCUCGCUUCCAGUCAUGAGCUGGAAGCGCUUCGCAAAGGACCUGUACGAUGGACGCAUCGAACAGCUAUGCAUUCUUUUGGACUGCGAAAGAAUGACAAGCAAAGCAGAGGAGUUGAUACAACUCCUCACUGGAAGCCCCACUGAGAUUGAUGAUACUCUCAGUGGCAAGACGAAGCAGGAACGCUUCAACGAGCAGAGUUGCAAGAUUCUGCGAGAGCACAUGGAUGUGCUCUCGGACGGAACUCCCGCGGAAGAAGUAUCCCGACGCGACAGCGGCUACUGUCGCGGGAUCAAGCAAGCCGGGCUGUGGACGGGAAGAAGAAACGCGCACGGAAAUGAACCGCUGCGUGGUCGCUAG